CCCACUCAUUUGUUCUACUCUAGUAGCUACACGACUGAUUCAUCCAUGGAUAAUCUUCUUCUCCUCUAUUGUCUUGCAGGGUUCAUCCUCUUUGUGUUACUAUACCUUAGAAUAAUAAACCCUAAUAACAACAACAAAAACCUGUUAUUACCUCCGGUCGCCGCCGGUGCACGCCCUAUUAUCGGCCACAUUCCCAUCCUCAACAACCAAAAACAGAUUCUCGCCAGAACUUUGGGAGACAUGGCGGAUAAGCACGGCCCGGUUUUCACGGUCCGGUCAGGGAUAACUCCCAUCGCCAUGAUCAGCAGCUGGGAAGCCGCCAAGGAUUGCUUCACCACCCACGACAAAGACGCGUCAGCAAAGCCGGAGAACGCCGUGGGUAAAUACCUGGGUUACAACUACGCAAUGUUUAGUUCUAGUACCGACAAUGCGUACUGGCGUGUAAUGCGCAAGUUUGUCGUGUCGGAGCUUCUGUCCAACGUUAAACUCGACAAGCUGAAAAAUCUCCGGAAAUCCGAGCUGGAGACCAGCAUCAAAGAGUUGUACCUUUUCGUCACCGCCUCUUCUUCUGAAACGGUUGUGGUGGUGAUGGAUGAGUGGUUUGGACAGUUGACGUUGAAUACUUCUUGUCGGAUUGUUGCCCGGAGGCGGUACAAGUUUAAGGUCGGAGGAAAUGUCGGCGGCGGCGAUUUCGAGGAAUAUAAGGAGGCGCAAAACAUCAUAAAAGUUUUCAGGGAUUUCCAGUACCUUAGCGGUUUGUUCGUUCUACACGAUGCUUUUCCGUUGCGGGUGUUUAAGUGGAUUGAUUUCCAGGGUCAUGUUUCCGCCAUGAAGCGUACCAAUAGAAAGAUUGAUAAGAUUCUUCAAGCAUGGAUUGACCAACAUAUUGAGAGACGGCGGCCGGAAAAUGCUCAGCCGGUGGCCGGAGAUGAUGAUGAUCAGGACCUCAUCGACCUCAUGCUUUCAACUAUUGACAAGGAAUUCGUUAAAGGUCUUUCCCAUACCCACCAAAUGACUAUCAAGGGAUUAAUCGAGAGUAUGAUAGUGGAUGGAUCAGAUACAACGGCAACUCUUAUGACAUGGGUAAUAUCCUUACUAGUGAAGCAUAGCGAUGUAAUGAAGUGUUGCAGGGAAGAGAUAGAUACCCAAGUUGGGACAGAAAGAUGGGUGGAAGAUUUCGAUAUAAAAAAUUUAGAAUAUUUACAAGCAGUAAUAAAAGAAACGUUACGCCUAUAUCCUCCCGUUCCGCUUUUAACUCCAAGAAUGACAUCCAAACAUUGUAAGAUCGCAGGUUACGACCUUCCAACAGGCACCCAAUUCAAUGUUAACCUGUGGAAAAUCAUGCGAGACCCGAGCGUCUGGCGAAAUCCUGAGGAGUUUAAACCAGAGAGAUUUAUGAAGGGAGAAGCAGAAGUGGAUAGUUUUUUGCGACGAUUUGAGUAUGGGCCUUUCGGGUAUGGCAGACGAACUUGUGUGGGAAUGACAUAUGCGUUGCAAAUUUCACAUCUCACAAUUGCCCGUUUGGUUCAAGGUUUCAAUUUUAGUACGCCUAAUAAUGUCGAACUAGACAUGACGGAAGGAUUUGGCGUUACUUUGCCCCGGGCAACUCCAUUACAACUUGUGCUUACCCCGCGCCUACACCCAAAAUUCUAUGGACGGUAAUAUCUACGUCUACAAAUCUAAAAAUAGCCAAUAAAGUUAUGGUCGUAACGGGAAAUAAAAAAUGUCAGUGUAAGUGUUUGUUGAAAUCAAUGGAUCAUAUUAUUUUGAUUUUA